AUGACUCUUAGUAAAGUGAAUGGAGAAGAUGGACUGGCGCCGACACCGCCUUUUAACUUCAUAACGCCUUCGAAGCUCAUGAUCGAUUUGCGAACCUACGACAACCAGUUGUUGGAACGCUGCCUCGCUGUAAUAAAUCAACUUCGACAGGAAGUUCAUGACAAUUGGUUUGAGGAUUUCAAGAACAGCCUCUAUAUCGAUCUCAAACGUGCUGGAAAACCAAAUGACGAGAUUAAAAAUGUAAUUUGUGCUCGAGGCCUGAAGGAAUACGCCAGUCGACUGUUUGAAGCGAUGCGUACCAACGAAGAUCUUCAUGCUAUCAACCCAACAAUUGCGGAGGCGUUAAUACAAGAAGCCACCUUCAGCCUUGCAGUAACUGAAUCGAAGGCUGAUCUCUGUGACUCCUGGUUAGCACAUGAAGUGACCACAGAGGCUCGACUCCAACGUGACCACCCAAUCCUCUGGUGCAUCCUUCCCUGGCGCAAGCAACAACUGUCUAAGAUCAAGGAGGCUUUUAUGCAGGUAGUCGACUAUUCCUUUCCUUUUUAA